CUGGGUUCUGUCUAUAUUCUAUUCCUCUUUCUGACUUUCAAUUUAUUCAUCUACAAUUAAGAAAGCUGGUCCAGUGGAUCAAAGUCCCUUUCUGUGGAAACCUUCUCAAAGCCAGCAUGAUCUCCAGAUCUGGAAUCUGAACUCAACGAAGACUUUUGCUGAAGCCUUAGAGAUUGCCCAGCAGAAACUCUGGAAGGGUCCAGCAGCAGCAGAGGACUAGGAGAGACUAAGAAGAAGCUGUGGCUCUCUCCUAUCUGGUCGAUACCAUGAUUCCUCUUCAAGUCUUCAUUUCAGGCCUCAUACUGCUUCUCCCAGGCGCCGUGGAUUCUUAUGUAGUAGUGAAGGGGGUGGUGGGUCACCCUGUCACACUUCCGUGUACUUACUCAACAUAUCAUGGAGUCACGACGAUGUGCUGGGGCCGAGGGCAAUGCCCGUAUUCUCGUUGUAAAAAUACACUUAUUUGGACCGAUGGUCACCGUGUCAAUUAUCGGACGAGCACUCGAUACAAACUGAAUGGACGUAUUUCAGAAGGAGAUGUGUCCUUGACAAUAGAGAAUGCAGUUGAGAGUGACAGUGGUCUGUAUUGUUGUCGAGUGGAGAUUCCUGGAUGGUUUAAUGAUCAGAAAGUGACCUUUUCAUUGCAAGUUAAACCAGAAAUUCCCACAAGAAGACCCACGACUACAAGACCCACAACUACAAGGACCACAACUAUUUCAACAAGAUCCACACAUGUACCAACAUCAACCAGAGUCUCUACCUCUACUCCUCCAACACCAACACACACACCAACUCACAAACCAGAACCCACUACAUUUUGUCCCCAUGAGACAACAGCUGAGGCGACAGAACCUUUAUCCUAUACUCCUUCAGACUGGAAUGGCUCUGUGACAUCCUCAGAGGACAUCUGGAAUAAUCACACUGCAGCAAUACCUCCACGGAAGCCACAGAAAAACCUGACUAAGGGCUUCUAUGUUGGCAUCCUCAUUGCAGCCCUGAUGCUGCUGCUGCUUGUGAGCACUGUGGUUAUCACCAGGUACAUACUUAUGAAACGGAAGUCGGCAUCUCUAAGUUUGGUUGCCUUCCACGUCUCUAAGAUUGAAGCUUUGCAGAAUGCAGUGGGUAUGCGUCCCAGAGCUGAAGACAACAUCUACAUUAUUGAAGAUAGACCUUGAGUCCCAGUGGCCCUCUCAGGGGCCUUCUGCCUGAGAUUACAGAGGCUGUCAUGAUGUCACAGAGUCACACCCAUUACAGCUCCAGGGUGAUUUUCUGUGUUGGUUCUUCCAGCUGCAGGGAAGAGGGUAACCCUCUACUGUGUACACUCAAAACUCAGGUUAACAUCAUUCUAAUUCUUGUAUCAACAUGGCCUCGGUGUCUCUGCUCACCGAUUAUCUCAAACCUGAACAUUUUAGAAGUUUGUGCUUCCUUUAGUCAAUGUAAUCAUUGGUAGUACAAGAAUUCUAUCUAGGUUAUUAAAAUCAUUAAUGAGAGAGGAAUAGGAAUUAAAAGUUGGUGGGAGGGGCCUUCUGAAUUUAUAAGCACUUGAUUGUGUUUUAUCUAUUUUAUUGUAAUUUGAAAUGUUACUUCUACCCUUCCUAAGGGGUAAAAUCAUGGGAGCAUGGAGGUUUUAAUUUCCCUCAUAGAUAAAUAGAAGAGAGUCUAAUGCUGCCAAUAUAGGUGGUGAUGCUUUCUCAUAGUUCUCGAAAUAUAACACAUUUAUUAUGCAGUUGAUCGUAGGAUAAAGAUAGGUGUUUUAUGUCAGGAGAGAUUACCAUGGUGAAUAUGGACCAGCAGACAGUAGUGGAAGAAAAUAAUGAACCAAGGGAUUGAGUUCAUUAGUGCUGUUUCUACACCACUUCUGUCUUGAUGCUCGCUGUUCCUAAAUUCACCCACUGAGCUCUGAAUUAGGCGCUAGGAGGAGACAUUACAGAAAUGGAAGGGGAAGGGGAGAGAGAAGGACACAGGCUCUCUGCUGACAGAAGUCCUAUUGCAGCUGUGACAAUGUUGGAGACUAUUGCAAACCUCCUCCAGAUUUCUUCAUUUCAAAUGUCUUCAAGCCAUGCUUAUAUUUAAAUUUAUUUCAGAAAGACACAACAUCUUCUUCAGUGAAUCAGUUUGUCACAAGCAAUA